ACUGCCGGGGGGGCGUGGCGCUCCGCGCCUGCGCAGUGCGGUAGCCGGCGGGCUGCGCGCGGCACGAUGGCCGGCUACAGCGUGGAGGAGCGCGCCGCGCCUCAUAGCUUGGAGUACCGGCUUUUCUUCAAGGACGCUGCCGGGCGGUACAUCUCCCCUUUCCAUGAUAUCCCCAUCUACGCGGAUGCCGGUAAGAAUGUGUUCAACAUGGUUGUGGAAGUACCUCGAUGGACAAAUGCUAAGAUGGAGAUUGCAACGAAGGAUCCCUUAAACCCAAUUAAGCAAGACGUGAAGAAAGGAAAAUUGCGCUACGUAGCUAACGUGUUUCCCCAUAAGGGUUAUAUCUGGAAUUAUGGUGCUAUCCCACAGACUUGGGAAGACCCAGGUCACAAAGAUGAAAAUACUGGCUGCUGUGGAGACAAUGAUCCCAUUGACGUGUGCGAAAUUGGAAGCAAGGUCUGCUCUCGAGGAGAAGUCAUCAAAGUGAAGGUGCUGGGCACGCUGGCACUGAUUGAUGAGGGGGAGACAGACUGGAAGAUAAUUGCUAUCAAUGUGGAAGACCCUGAAGCAGACAACUAUAAUGAUAUCAAUGAUGUCAGAAGGAUGAAGCCUGGAUACUUAGAAGCUACAGUGGACUGGUUCAGAAGAUACAAAGUACCUGAUGGAAAGCCAGAAAACCAGUUUGCUUUUAACGGUGAAUUUAAAGACAAGGAUUUUGCGGUGAACGUCAUCAAAAGCACUCAUGAACACUGGAAAGCUUUAAUAGCAAAGAAAACUGACGGAGGGGAGAUCAACUGCGCAAAUCUGACGGUGUCCGACAGCCCUUUCUGCUGUAGUCAGGAGUGUGCGAAAGCUACUGUGGAUGCAGCACCGCCGUGUAAAGCUGCCAACCCGAUCCCACCCGAAGUUGACAAGUGGUUCUACUACCAGAAGAACUAAGGCCUGAGGAUGGCUGGCGGAACAGCUCCGUCCUUCCUACCGAGGAGUUGCCCCACGCAGGAGUAGAGCAGAAAAAUAGCUUCAGUGUCACCAAGAAGACCUUGCUCGUAACUUUGCCGAUUAGAAUUACAUAUCUAGCAGUGACGCGUCUGCUGCGUCGAGGUCUUGUGGAGGCUAGAAGACAUCAUCCGUUUUAAAAAAAACAAAUCAAACCACCCUGCUUGUGCAUGGUCGUACAGUGUACUUUGUAAAUCGUGGCUGGAGAUCGCUCACCUGGUACGUGUAUGGAUGCUAGAAAUAAAAAUGACUGAAACUCCAA